CAGUUUAAUCCGCGAGACAAUGAAUUGCAUGAACAACCUAGGAAUCUGUGGAGCGACUGGCGAUGCUGGUCUUCAAUUAAACAAUGUUGACGUCUUGUAUACGAAGGUGCAGAGAGUUUAUAUUAAGCCUCAACUCAAGGAGGAACGUCAAAGAGAAUUGAGAGUAAACGUAGAGAUUCACGCCGGUAUCAGUCCUGUUUGUCGUAAGAGCUUGUGCGUCUUGCUGUCAGAUGAUGAUGAUCCAUGCUUUUUGUAUUCUUUAUUUAUUACGGAAGAUGAUUUUAAAGUACUGAAAACGCAACAGGGCUUACUCGUUGAUUUCGACAACUUUGCAACGCAGUUGAUAUGUCUUUUGGAACAGUGUCACAUUCCAGCGUCCAGUCUUUCAAAGACACCGCCAAAGUUUCUCCUAUUCCUGGCGGAGGAGGCUAUGGAAUGGUCUUUCAAGGUGGUUGAAACAAACAAUUUCAAACAUCUUUGCCAUUUAAGUUUAAAUAUAGCGCCGGCAAGUGAUUCUGAUCUUAAAACACAUAUGGCAACAAAGAUUAAGCAAUUAAAAGAAAAUAUUAUGCAAAAGAAUAGAGAUGUUGUAAAUACAGAGAGUAGACUGAAUGAAUUAGCGAGUAGACUCGAAGUAAAAACAAAAGAGUUAGAGCAGUUGGAACAAAAAUGCUUUUCUGAAAAAAAUGAACUGCAGCAGAACUUGUCUCAGCAGAUUAAUAUAGAGAAAGAUAGGUUAGUGCAAGCAAGAGUUGAAUGGCAUCGACAAAGUGAACGAGACAAAAUGGAAACGGAACAAAGACAUACCGAAGCAGUUAGGCAGUUGCAUACAGAGUUAGUGGAAUUGCGAGCACAAAAUAUGACUUUGAAAGAUAAGCAGUCCCUUCUGGAGGCAACCAAUAAGGAGCAAGUAAAGCAAUUGCAGCAAGUUGAAAAAGAGUUGAAUGUUGCACAACGAGAUUUGAGUAACUUGAAGAAACAAAAUUCAAAACUAGAUGUUGACUACCAUGAUAGAGAUAAAGCAGUAAAUAGUUUGAGAACAAGAGUUGCUGUGCUUGAGCAAGAAACAAAGGAUAAAGGCAUUCUCAUUGACAAACAUACCGAGAUGAUAAGAGCAGCCAAAGAACAGAAACAACAUUUAGAAGAACUUUUGACGGAGAAGGAAAGUCAAUUGCAACGAAAACAGAAUUCUUUAAGGAAUUUAAGCGAAGAGUUAGUAAAGGCUAACGAGAUACUCACUAAAUUACAAAAUGAACUUGCUUCAACCAAGUCAAAAUUAAAAUUAAGGACCAGUAUAGCACUUGAACAAGAAAGACUUCUUGAUGCGAAACAAAAAGAAAUUGGUCAAUUAGAAAGUAAAUUAGAGAGUUAUGGAAAAGAAGCAAAGGAAGCAAAAGCAGAAAUUGAGAAUUUAAAAAAGCAAGUUAUGAAUUUCCAGAAUCAAUUGGAGGAAAAAGAUAGAAUUAUAAGGAAUAAUGAUAAUGUGAUCAGUUGGCUGAACAGGCGAUUAGCAGACAAUCAGUCACCUUUGCAGAGUGCGACAGUUGCAGCUCCCAUAGCUGUUCCUUCUUCGAUUCAGUUAACACUGCCUCGAACAAAUAAACUCUUACCCAAUAGGUUCGAGAUCCGUACACCGGUUCAGUCUACUGUCACACAGUCCAAUCCAAUGUCCAAUUUGCCUUUGAAGAAUCCCACAAUUCAAAAUCCAAAUAUCAAUCAUACUGGUCGUACUAUAACGCGACCUACGGGUGUUGGUAUUACGGAUAGUACAGUAGGUUUGGCGACAUUCAAUAAAACCGGCCAAAUAUCGUCUACAAGUACGCCAAUGGAUAGAAUAGGUAUUUCAAACAAGAUGACUGGUAAUGCUGCAACGACAUCCACGACAGUGCCAGCCAUCAUAGAAAAUAACAAUCCUCCUCUUUCUGGAACCAGUGGCAAGACAAAAAAUGCUAAUGGUCUCAUGCAGGGAGGACUGAGGCGGGCUGUCUCAGACAAGCCUUUAUUACCUUCAUCAUAUUUUCCUAAAUCAUUACAUUAAUUUGAUGUAAUGUGUUCAAGGCAAUGGUCAUCAGUGCAAAGUUGUAGAAUGACUCGGUUUGUGUCAUGGAAUUUUGGAAUUCGUUUAAGAUAUAAAAAAGAUGGAAGUAAGCCAAGCUACUGUUAUCCAUUGAGUGUUACACAACAAAACGAUAGAUAUGUUAUAAGUUCUAAAAGAGGUCAAUGAAAAAUUGGUAGGUAAAAUUGACUUCAGUCAUUUUCUUGUGAUUACUUCGUUGGAAUGUACUUAGAAAGUUCUUGGCGUAAUCACAAUUUGCUGACAGUCAAAUGGCAGAUUAUAAAUAAUUACGAGUCAUUCUCAGAUUGAUAAGAUCACAGAGUGUACCAAACUAUUAUUACUAACAAAAAGGAAAAGGUGAUUCCUGUUUAAAGUACAAAUUGACUCUUAUUAAAGCA